CCAUCACUGGACCUCCAGGGAAGUCCCUGUCUGUUUGUGUUGUUACUGCUAACCUCUCUCCUGGGACAGAAUCUUCUCCAUAGCCUCCUUGCCAAUUGGCCAUCCAGCUUCUGCUUGUAUACCUCCAGUGACAGGGAGCUCCCUACUCUAUAGGCGCCACCUGUCCCACCACUGGGCACCUGAGAUGGAAAGCCCCUUCUGGAGUCCUGUCUGCCGUGGGUGGGUCCCUCGAGAACAGGCUCCAUUUCGGCCGGGGUCUGGCUAUGGCUGGCUUUCCACGGCAUCUCUUUUCCUGAGAAUUAUCCAACUCUUCUGUUUUGGGAGUUGAGCUAGGUCCUCCCUUUUUCCUCUUAACAGUCCUUACCUGGUACUCAGCCCUUUACAGCAUCAUUCGUCACAUACUGAGCAAGCCUGAGCAAACUUGAUGUUGAAACCAUAGAGGUAUUUUCAUUAGCAUUGAUCUGGACGUCUUAGUCAAUUCAGUAAGACAAGAAAAAAAAGAGAGAGAGGUAUAAACACAAGAUACCAGGAAAGCAAGACACUGUGGUCCCGCCCUGGUGGAGUUCAAAGCACUUUCCCAUCUAGCCUUGCCCUUGGCCUUGUCCACUCUGUGAGGCUACCUGUGGGAAGUGCAGGUUCAGAGAGACAAGGAGUUUGCCCAGCUGCAGUGCCGUGGAGCGGAGGGAGCUGUGGUCCACCGAGGUCUGGUGGCUUAUGGUUUGUUGGGUGUUUGCUUUCUGAAUCUUCGUUGAUGUUUCUCCGUCCACUUCUCCUUUCUGAAUAGUUAACCUCUGAGGGACAAGGGCCCAGGAAGACCGGACCCCAAGCGUGUUACCUUCCCAUCCUCUGCAUGGCCUGCAGAGCGACCGGGUAGCUGCUGCUUUUAUUCCACUUUUCUGGUCCCCAUUUCAUGGCACGAAACACAUCACAGAAAAUUGCCAGUAGCACGGGUGGACACACUGUGGGACCCCUGAGCUUGUGAAAGACCCCACUGCCCACCUGACAACUCAUCCCCCGGCCACCGACACUCGGGCAGGUGGAACUGCUUUCAGUUAUUCAGGCAUCAUCAUUGAUGAUACAAGCCCCCAUCUGCUCGGGCUCUGUGGCUUUACUCGUUUCAUUGAAUCCUUAUGACAACCCGAUGCGGUGGGGCGGGUACCACUGUUACUCCCAUUUUUACGGCCCAGGAAACUGAAGUUCAGAGAGAAUUAAGCCACAUGUCCAAAGCCCUACAGUCAGUGAGCAGUGGGGUUAGUAUUUGAACUGAGAUCAAAUUCUAGAACCUUGACACUACAGUGUUCUGUGGAAGUGCCCUUCUCGACACAGGAAGGUACUCAGAGAUGUUUGUGGAACAGAUGAAUAUUUUCUCGCCUGUCUGAAUCUGUGCAUUUCCUGUGUCUUCUGCUUGGCAUGCUCUCCCUGCCCAAACCUCCUCCUUCACCUUGCCAGCACCCCUUCAUGUCUCGGGUGCCGCCUCCUUCUGGAUGCCUUCCCCGACGCUGCAGGCUGGGUUAGCUGCCCCUCCUCUGGGUUCUUCUGCUGCUCCCAGCCCCAUUGUAGGUUUUGUUGACAGUCUGUCUCCCUCAUUAGACAACAGGGAGUGGGUUUGUCUAACUCACUCCUGAAUGCCCAGUGCCCCGUGGCUGAUGAAUGAAUGGAUGAAUGAGGGCAACACAAAACCUUUCUCGGCCAGCACGGUGGAGCCCCAGAGACCCUCACUUGUCCUUGGUGCUGCCCCCAGCUCCCAUUUUGGUUGAUCCUGAGCUGACUGACGGAGGACGUGGAUUUCAGGCUGUCCCCAGCGCCCUGCCUCUUGGUGGCUGGUGGGAGGGGCUGGGUGGUGAUGCUGGCUGUCAGGCUGGUCGUGGAGGAGGGGCUCAGGCAGCGAGUAGCUCUGCCCGGGAUCUCAGGGUCUAACUCUAGUCUGGGCGCUACGGGGAAAGUUGGCGGUGGGUUCUCAAACAGGGGUCCAGGCCUGUGGUGGGCACCCGCCAGCAUGAGGGUGCCGUGGCAGAGUGCCCUGGGCGCCCGGUCCAGCCUCAGCGCUCUGCACUGUGGGCGGAGAGCAGGCGUGUGUUGAGGGGCACCACGGCCUGGGGGCAGUUUUGACAGAUGGCCAGGGCCCAGGCUUAGAGGACUCAAGCUCCAGUGGGCGUGGCAGGGAAGAAAAGAAGAGCACGCAGGUGAGGGUUGUUGCUGAAAAGUCAGUAGGCACGGGGGUUGGGUGUGAGCGGGAUGGAGGUCGGUGUUUACAAAAUCACCGUCACAGGUCAGCCGCCUCUGUGCCCGGCGUGAGGGAGAAGCUGAUUAUCCCCAGCGCACGGAGGAGAAUACGGAGUGAGGCACCGGGCCGUGGAGCUGGGGUUUGUUCCAUGUCUGUCUGGCUCCCAAGCCAGGGCUCUCUGGGGCAGGAGGAUGGGCGAAGUGGAGCAGAGAAAACGGGGAAGAUCCUGACGGAGUUCCUCCGCUUCUACGAGGACCAGUAUGGUGUGGCUCUCUUCAACAGCAUGCGACACGAGAUCGAGGGCACCGGGGCGCCACAGGCCCAGCUGCUCUGGCGCAAGGUGCCCUUGGAUGAGCGCAUCAUCUUCUCGGGGAACCUCUUCCAGUACCAGGAGGACAGCAAGAAGUGGAGGAACCGCUUCAGCCUCGUGCCGCACAACUAUGGGCUGGUGCUCUACGAGAACAAAGUGGCUUAUGAGCGGCAGGUCCCACCCCGAGCUGUCAUCAACAGUGCGGGCUACAAAAUUCUCACCUCCUUGGACCAGUACCUGGAGCUUGUUGGCAACUCCUUACCAGGGAACACAUCAAAAUCGGGCACUGCCCCCGUCCUCAAGUGCCCCACGCAGUUCCCGCUCAUCCUCUGGCAUCCUUCUGCGCGUCACUACUACUUCUGCAUGAUGACGGAAGCUGAGCAGGACAAGUGGCAGGCUGUCCUGCAGGACUGCGUCCGGCACUGCAACAAUGGGAUCCCCGAGGACUCCAAGGUGGAGGGCCCCGCAUUCACUGACGCCAUCCGCAUGUACCGCCAGUCCAAGGAGCUGUACGGCACCUGGGAGAUGCUGUGUGGGAACGAGGUGCAGAUCCUGAGCAACCUGGUGAUGGAGGAGCUGGGCCCUGAGCUGAAGGCAGAGCUCGCCCCCCGGCUGAAGGGGAAACCGCAGGAGCGACAGCGGCAGUGGAUCCAGAUCUCAGACACCGUGUACCGCAUGGUGUAUGAACAGGCCAAGGCACGCUUUGGGGCCGUGCUGUCCAAGCUGCAGCUGGCCCGGCCAGCCAUGGAGGCGGUCAUCCGCACCGACAUGGACCAGAUCAUCACCUCCAAGGAGCAUCUGGCCAGCAAGAUCCGAGCCUCCAUCCUCCCCAAGGCGGAGGUGUGUGUCCGGAAUCAUGUCCAGCCCUAUAUCCCGUCCAUCCUGGAGGCCCUGAUGGUGCCCACCAGCCAGGGCUUCACCGAAGUGCGGGACGUCUUCUUCAAGGAGGUCACCGACAUGAACCUGAACGUCAUCAAUGAGGGCGGCAUCGACAAGCUGGGCGAGUACAUGGAGAAGCUGUCCCAGCUGGCGUACCACCCCCUCAAGAUGCAGAGCUGCUAUGAGAAGAUGGAGCCACUGCGGCUCGAUGGGCUGCAGCAGCGUUUUGACGUGUCCAGCACGUCUGUGUUCAAGCAGCGAGCCCAGAUCCUCAUGCGUGAGCAAAUGGACAACGCCGUGUACACCUUCGAGACCCUCCUGCACCAGGAGCUGGGGAAGGGGCCCACCAAGGAGGAGCUGUGCAAGUCCAUCCAGCGCAUCCUGGAGCGGGUGCUGAAGAAAUACGACUAUGACAGCAGCACCGUGCGGAAGCGCUUUUUCCGGGAGGCUCUGCUGCAGAUCACCAUCCCGUUCCUGCUCAAGAAGCUGGCACCCACCUGCAAGUCGGAGCUGUCCCGGUUCCAGGAGCUGAUAUUCGAGGACUUUGCCAGGUUCAUCCUGGUGGAGAACACAUAUGAGGAGGUGGUGUUGCAGACGGUCAUGAAGGACAUUCUGCAGGCUGUGAAGGAGGCCGCCGUGCAGAGGAAGCACAACCUGUACCGGGACAGCGUGGUCAUGCACAACAGCGACCCCAACCUGCACCUGCUGGCCGAGGGCUUGCCCAUCGACUGGGGCGAGGAGUGCAGUGGCAGCAGUGACAGUGGUGGGGGCCCCGGCAGCCCUGGGAUCCCGGAAGCAGCCACCCUCUUGGAAAAGCGCCGGCGUGCCAAGCAGGUGGUGUCCGUGGUCCAGGACGAGGAGGUGGGGCUGCCCUUCGAGGCUGUCCCUGAGCCCCUAUCACCUGCGUCCGCAGACAGCAUCACCGAGCUCCGUGGUCUGCUGGCCCGGGAUCUGCAGGCUGAGAGCCCCCCGCUGGCCGGCCCCCUGCUCAAUGGGGCCCCCGCCCAGGAGAGCCCCCAGCCCGGGGCAGCCCCUGAGGCCGCCUCACCCCUCCGGCAGCUCCCGCCUGGAAAGGCCUCGGACCUCGAGCCUCCCAAGCCCAGUGACCAGGAGACCGGGGAGCAGGUGUCCGGCCCUGGCGGCCGCCCCCCAAUCCAUACCACCACCGAGGACGGUGCAGGGGUGCAGACUGAGUUCUAGGCCAGUCGCCCCCGAGCUUCUGUCGGACAUGGCACACGGGCCAGCCCCUGCGGCUCUGGGCGGGGAGCGCUGGAUCUAUGCCUUCCAGGUGGGGAUGGGGCCAGGCUGGUGUGGCACCUCUGGGGCGGGGACGGGCGCACCUGAGUCACUUUAUUGGGUUUGGUCACACUUGGUCUGUUUUCUCUUAUGUGGGAUGAUCUCGGCUUUCCUCCUCCUGCCGGGGGCAGAGCACAGCGGAGGGGGCUGGGAGCACGCGGUGGCCCUGGGUCCCUGAGUCCUGCGUCCCUGUCCUGCCUCUGUGGCCCGUUUCCCCCGUGGGUCUUGCCAUCCUUGGGAAGAGGGCGGUAAGAGUAGCAUCUGCUGUGACACAGAGCCCAUGGAUCCUCUGCUCUCACCAAGGGGCUCGCUGGAACCAGGAAGACGGAGCGCUGAGGCCCGUCUCGGCCCCGCUCCUCCCUCCUCCCGGCUGGGCCCCAGAGGCCAGUUUUGGAGUGGAUACUGGCCUUGCUGUCCUGCCCCGGGUGAGGGGUUGUGCAAGGAGGGGACUUCAGGCUGGGGGAGAGCUGCCUCGCGGAGGGGGAUGGGGCCGUGGGCCCGGGGAGAGAACAAGAAAGGCCUGGAACGGGCUGGUCUGGGGAGAGGAGGGAGAGGGCGUGUCUGAGGGAAGGAGGGCGUGACCUAUGCAGAGGUACUGCUGGGAGGGUGGGCGCGGUGGCAGAUGGAGGGCUGCUGGAAGCUGGGCCGUUGCCUCCCCCUCCACUUGCUGGGGUCCAGUCUCCGGAGUUCCUCUGUCCCCGUGCUGGGCUCGGGGGGUGGGGGGUGGUGGCAUGUUGCUCAGUGGCAGGGCCGGGUGGGUGUGGACUCUGCAGGCCACUUCCAAGGUACGCGUUGUCCUCCCAGGGAGCUGCGGGGCUCGUGAGGGGCAGGGGGAUGGGCCGAGGCACCCCAGGGCACCACUGAGCUCUUGGGUCAAGCUGGGGCUCGGCCCCUGCUUCUCUGAGUUUCCAGUCACCCCAUCCUGAAAACUCCAGGACUCUUCAAAUGUUCUCAUGAGUCACGUGGGGGCCCAGCCAUCCCCCUUCCUGGGGUGAGGGUCAAGCCGAGACCAUCCCCAGGGACUGGGGCCUCCUGGCCUUCCCAGACCCCCUCCCCUGCUGCUUUGAGGGGAGGGUGGGCAGGGCAGAAACCGAGUCCUUCAGGGUCCUCAACGCCAUCCCAGCCCUGCAUCCUCCAUCCCCUCGAUCUCCUUCCUGGACUGGGCCCUGGGACCCACAGGACGUGAAGCACUGGCUGGUGCUCAGGGACCCCCC